AUGGUGCAAGCAAGUUUAAGCAAGAAUAAUUUGGAAAAAUACGUUGGCAUUGUGUCACUGCCAAACCAAGUCCAACAGAAAGCAGUGAAAAGGGGAUUUGAGUUCAAUCUGAUGGUUGUUGGUGAGUCUGGCUUGGGCAAAUCCACUCUUGUCAACAGCCUUUUCCUCACAAACCUCUAUAUAAAUAGAUGCAUGCCUGAUGUUUCAGAGAAGAUAGCUCGGACAGUCUCGAUAACAAAGAACACUGUAGACAUUGUUGAAGAGGGAGUAAAUCUAAGACUCACUGUUAUUGACACCCCUGGUUUUGGAGAUGCCCUUAAUAAUCAUGAAAGCUGGAAGGCCGCAGUUUAUUAUGUAGACCAGGAGAUGGAGAAGUACCGCAGAAAUGAGAUCGGGCUGAACCGUAAAAACAUAACAGACAACAGAGUGCACUGCUGUCUGUACUUCAUUUCACCUCAUGGCCAUGGUCUCAAACCGAUUGAUGUGAACUUUAUGAAGGCCCUGGAUCAGAAGGUCAACAUUGUGCCUGUGCUGGCUAAAGCAGACAGCCUCACUCCAAAAGAGAUCAGCAAUAUGAAGGCAAAGAUUUUGACUGAAAUUGACAAAUUCAAAAUCAAGAUCUUCCAGGUCCCAGAGUGUGAUGCGGAAAAUGAAGAUCUCUUCAAGCAGCAGACUGCAGAGAUAAAGAGAAGUAUACCCUUUGCUGUAAUUGGUAGUAAUACAGUAGCAGAGAGAAACGGCAGGAGAGUUCGAGCCCGUGUCUAUCCAUGGGGUAUUGUAGAAGUUGAGAAUCCAUCUCACAGUGAUUUUGUGCAUCUGAGGAACAUGUUGAUCCGCACACACAUGCAAGACCUGGAGGAUGUGACAUGGGAAAUGCAUUAUGAGAAUUACCACGCUCAGUGCAUCCAGAAUAUGAAUCACAAGGUGGUCCUUGAGAGGAAACACAGUCUGUGUAACCAGCUAAGAGACAGCGCCUCAGACUUUCCUGUGCCUCUGAUGCCUGUGGACCGUGAGACUGAACGCCUUAUUUGGGAGAAAGAUGAAGAGUUGCGGCGAAUGCAGGAAGUUCAGGAAAGGAUUCAGGAACAGAUGCAUCAUGGACAUUAA